ACAGAGAAGAAGCACAGCAGCCAACUGUGAACUCCAACGAUGUGGCUGAAAGUGUUCUUCACCUUCGUCUUCAGCUUCUCCGGCUGCCGGCCGGCUUCAGUCUUCCUGGAUCCGGAUCGAGCCCACGGCGUCCUGAUCCGGACCCGGAGGUACAACUCUGGCUGGCUGGAGGAGCUGCAGAUGGGAGAUCUGAAGAGGGAGUGUCUGGAGGAGCAAUGCUCCUACGAGGAGGCCCGGGAGGUGUUCGAACACACCGAGACCACGGACGAAUUCUGGAGCACGUACAACCUCCCAGACAGCUGCAUGUCGACUCCAUGUCUGAACGGCGGCAGCUGCUCCCCUCAGGGUUUGUCCUACACCUGCUACUGCCUGCCCCGGUUUAGUGGACUCGGCUGUGAGCUCGAGCACAAGGCAGUUCGUGACUCCUGCCUACUGGAGAACGGAGGCUGUGACCAUUUCUGUGACGAAGACGAGGGAGGACGAAGACUCAACUGCUCAUGUGCAGACGGCUACUUCCUGGAUGUUGAUGGGCAGAGCUGCGUCGGCAAAGAGGCGAUAGCGUGCGGUAUGGUCCCCGUCCUGCAGGAACGCAAAGUCGAGCAGCUGGACUCUCGAGCUCGGAUCGUCGGAGGAACCGAGUGCCCCAAAGGUGAAUGCCCCUGGCAGGUGUUGCUGUUGUAUAAAGGCAAAGGCUUCUGUGGAGGAGUGAUCUAUAAGCCCACAUGGAUCCUCACAGCGUCUCACUGCCUGGAGGACGCCGACGCUCGCUUCCUGAAGGUGGUCGCAGGUGAGCACAACACGGAGGUGCAGGAGGGCACGGAGCAGCUCCUCCAGGUCUCCGAGAUCUUCAUGCACGAGAACUACGUGAAGGCCACCGCCAACAACGACAUCGCCCUCCUCCGCCUGGCCUCGCCCGUUGUCUACACGUCGUACGCCGUGCCGGCCUGCCUGCCGACACGCCCGCUGGCCGAGCGCGACCUCUGGGCCGUCAGCCGGCACACGGUGAGCGGCUGGGGCCGGAGGGCCGAGAACGGGCCCACCUCCAUCCUGCUGAGGCGGCUGAGCGUGCCGCGGAUCCGGACGCAGCAGUGCCAGGAGGAGAGCGGCGUGGCGCUCACGGAGAACAUGUUCUGCGCCGGGUACAUUGAGGGCCGGGAGGAUUCGUGUAAAGGGGACAGCGGUGGCCCCCUGGUGACCAAAUACAAGAAGACGGCCUUCCUGCUGGGCAUCGUCAGCUGGGGGAAGGGCUGCGCCCGACCGGGCAACUACGGCAUCUACACGCGAGUGUCCAACUACCUGGACUGGAUCCACAACCGGACCGCCAACGCCAGCGAGGCUUCAGCACACAACCGGACGGCCUGAAGGCAUUUAUUAAUCAGCAGACUUUUACUUAAUAGGACUUAUUAUUAGGACUUUCAUUCUUUAAAGUAGCGUUUCAAAUAAUCCACAUUUAAGUGAGUAUGUACUAUAUACUAAUUCAUCAUUAAAUGGAAAAGUUCUUCAUUUAUCAGACACUUUUUAGAAAAAUAACAAAGUAAGUAUUUAAACUAUGAAUCAAAUUGUAUAUUCAGUGUAUGAAUAUAAUAAAAGGUGUGAAGAUAUUU